AUGAAAACCGGGUCCUCCUUUCUCAAAGUCCUGCUUACUGGUAGCUUUGUGAGCGCUAAGUACACGGUUGAGAUUCCCAAAGAUGCCAUCUGGGUCACAGACUGGGAUCAGCUUCAUGAAAUGGGUGCAAAGUAUCCCGACACAGCCCUUGUCGAAAAGUACGGUGGUAAUGUAAUUGAAGUCGAUGGGAAAAUUGUUCUGGCGACAGAUGAGGAAAUGACCAAACAGAUUGACAGCUUGAUCAAAGAGUUGGAAAAGAAUGAUAUAGGGGUCGAAGCAGAGACAGAGACUUCAAAGAGGCGAGAUGUAGAGAUUCCUGGACCCACUCGCCAAUGCAGUCACCCUCGGCGCUCAACUGGCAAAAGGGGAUUCUGUAUUUAA